AUAAUUUCUAAUCUUACACAUCACAACACAAAGAGAUCAUUCAGAAUAUUGACUGGGUUCUUGAUUUCCCUCCCAUUCCAAUUCCGACGACUUUCUAUUCUUCCAUGGCCACCGCCCUCCUCCUCCUCCUCCUGACCGCCAUCGCAGUCGACGCGGCGGCGACGCCUCUUCCUUCAAGCGGCCGCUGUGCCGUCGAGCUAAGGACAUCGUUCUCCCCGUGCCUGCCUUACGUGUCGUCUCCCCCCAACAACCUCACGGGAACCGCUUCCACCGCGUGCUGCGACGCCUUCUCCGCCGCCACCGCCGUGGACUCCCUCUGCUUCUGCCACCUUCUCCGUGAUCCUGUCAUCCUCGGUUUCCCUCUCAACACGACGAGACUCCUCUCACUCUCUUCCGUUUGCCCAACCGCCCCCAGAUUUCUCUGCUCAGAAUCACCGGCUCUGCCUCAUCUCACCAUCGCAGAAAAAUAUGCAAAAUCAAUUCAUUCUGUAACCGCUUUGGGCGGUGGAGGAGGCCGUGGUGGAGGAGGUGGUUCCCGUGGAGGUGGAGCCAGAGUAUUACCUUUCUUUCCUGGAGGAGGAGGAGGGGGUGGUAACAGAAAAAGUGGUUCAAGUUCAAGCAUGGCCGGUGGUGGAUUCAAGAGUUUGUUAGUGCCUCUAACGCUUGCCAUCUUUGUCACACUCAACACGGCGUAGUGGUUUUAGUUCUGAAUGAAAUUGUUUCCACUUUUCAGAAAUAUUGUUGCUAUAACUGAUUUUCAAUAUCUCAAAUACUUAGUUCUAAUUCUGUA